AUGGACCCCAUCACAAUAGUCGGGCUCGCUUCCAGCAUACUAACCUUCGUCCAAUUCGGUACGAAGGUUAUCCAAUGUGCCCAUCACGCCAAAUUGAAGGAAGACACAGAGGCUAUUGAUGUGACCGUCUCUGAACUGCAGAGGUUAUGCAUGGCGCUCGACCCAGACAGUGUGCCUGAGAACGAGAAUGAGAAGGCUCUUUACCGUCUGGCAGAAGGAUGCAAGACUGUGUCAGAAGAAAUCAUAGACCUUCUGGGCAAGAUAAAGCCGAGAGAUUGUUCCUCCAAGAUACAAAACAUGAGUUCCGCUAUAAAGCUCAAACUAUAUGAGCGUCAGCUAUCAGAAAAGGAGACGAGGCUCAAUUCUUAUCAGAAGCAACUGGAAUUGCAGCUGAGCUACAUGUCGAGGUCCGAGAUCAACAAUAAGCUCGACAGUUUAGUACAUAUCGAUGGCAAAAAUGGAGCUCAACUAAAUAUGCUCCAAUCCCAUGUUCUACAGCUCCGUCAAGGAGUUCAGGUAUCAUCACUCGGAGAGAAACUUCAAGAACAGCUGCAGCAUUUCCUGGGUCUUUCGGAAAAUGCUGCGAAAAGGAUGGCUCAGCAGCGAAUCCUUAAAACUCUUGCCUUUAGUGCUAUGCGCAGGAGAUUCGACGCUGUUGAAGAAGCUCACAAGCAGACCUUUCGAUGGAUGUUUGAGGAGAAACCGUCAUCCGACACUGGGAAUGAUAACUGCUCUCAUAACAGUCAGGAGUAUAAACAAGGCGUUGCUGGUCGAUUGUUCACGGACUAG